ACAAUAGCUAAUAAAUCUUGAGAUGACUUCCAGAAAUAAAUAAGGCAAAACGAUACGGUGUGUCUUCGUGGCUCAGAAUCUUCCUCGGGUCUCUGGGGUGGGAUGAUAGCCAAAGAUUAGCUGCCAGGUAGUCAUGGCAGGAACUUUCCUUCAUCAGUUUGCAAAAAGUCUUUGAGCCACGGGGUGAGUCAAGUUGGCCGGGCUCUCCCUCCUGUUCCUGGAAUGCAUCUGUGACAACCUGCUCUGGGGGACCGCUUCAAUUCCUGGAAUUUUCUCAGUUUUCUCAGCCACUUCAGGAAAAUGGCCACAUUGCUGGGAACCCACGGGAACAGGUACAGUCGGGCAGGGAAGCUGCGUGUUCCCCUUCACUCUCCAAAGGUUCCCAAUGGCCCCGCGUUGGCCCUUGUUUCCUAUUCCAUUGGCCACCUGCUGAUAGACUUCGGAGGUCAGCUUUUUGACGAGAUCCUGAAAUGCCUUCCAGCAAAAACACACGCUGCUUUUUCUUCUUCUGUACCUCUCUGUUUAUAAAACGUGGAGUGAGAUGGGUGGCAAUAACAGAACUAUUCAGCUCCUUCUCCCCUCUUCCAGAUACCAUCUCCUCAAACUCCUGCAGAAGUUUGGCAAAGUGAAGCAGUUUGACUUCCUCUUCCACAAGUCAGGGGUACUGGAGGGGCAGCCCAGAGGCUAUUGCUUUGUGAACUUUGAGACCAAGCAGGAGGCAGAACAAGCAAUCCAUUGCCUCAACGGGAAGCUGGCUCUCUCCAAGAAGCUGGUAGUGCGGUGGGCCCAUGCCCAGGUCAAGAGGUAUGAUCAGAAUAAGAACGAGAAGAUUCUUCCCAUCAGUCUGGAGCCAUCUUCGAGCACAGAGACCCCCCAGUCCAACCUGAGCGUCAGUACAAAGAUCAAAGCCAUUGAGACCAAGCUGAAAAUGAUGUCAGAGAAUCCUGAUGCCGAGUUCCCGCCAGCAGCCCCUUACGCCUACUUCAAGCCCCCCGAGAAAAAACGGACUGCCCCCUACUCCAGAGCUGCCUGGAAGUCCAAGAGAUGAUGCGGUGGUGCAGUCAGCGCCGUCCUCCGGCAUGCGCUGCAGGUGGAAGGUCAGCUCGGAGGAAGCAAGGACUGGAGCGUGUCCCAUCCUGGCCUUUUGUGGGACUGUCUUGAUUCCUCCGUUUGCGCACGUGGAAGCGAACGCUCUUCAGAGGAAAUCUACUGUAAUACCACCCCUAAAUCUGUACAGAACUUCUCCAACAAACUCAACUGGUUUCGUAGUAAAACCAGAUUUUUUUUUUCCUGUGUGGCUAGAUCUAGCUCCAGAGUUUAAGGUGUGUGAGUUGAGUGUGUUUAAGUGUGAGUGUUUUCACUUCUUCGGUAUUUGUUCUGACCUGGAGAUAACAAAGAGUUCUGGUGAGCUGACGGUCUGCCUAGAAUAUAUCUCUGACCGAUAGUAAAACAUGGUUUGAAUUGCCUGACCUUUCCAGCAACAGAAAGUCGGAGUUUCUUGCAUCUUGAAACCUGGGAAACCCUGAAAGGGGGCAAUGAAGUUGGUCAUGUUUGUCUGUGAGUAACAGCUGCAUUGAACACAUCUGGCCGUAUAUGUAUCCAUUCUUUUUUUAAAAAAAAAAAGUGGCACCACAGGAAUAAACUUUUAUCCCAAUUUUAAAAGUG